AUGUUUCAGAAUAUUGUAAAAAUCUCCUUAAACGACUGUCUGGCAUGUAGUGGUUGCAUUACAAGCGCAGAAACUAUUCUAGUUGAAGAGCAGUCGUUGACAAGAUUUCUUGAUGGAAUUGUUGGCAAGCAACUUUGUGUUGUUACGGUGUCUCCUCAAAGCGUAUGUUCAAUAGCCGUAAAGCGAGGUCUUUCCACAUCCCAAGCAGCGCGACUAAUUGCAUCCUACUUCUUCUCUAAAGGCAUUCAUUUCGUGGUCGAUUCUUCUUUUGGUCGAGCCCUAUGCUUAGAGGAAGCAUAUCAAGAAUUCCUGUCCAGGUCGAUUCGUCCUAUUUUGGUUUCUUCAUGUCCUGGUUUUGUGUGCUAUGCAGAGAAGAGCCAUGAUGCAUUCCUAUUACCGUACAUUAGUAAUGUUAGAUCUCCACAGGCGAUACACGGAGCAUUGGUAAAGGACUUUCUCUCCCGCCUUCUUGAAAUACCUGUAACUUCAAUAUACCAUGCGUCUGUAAUGCCUUGUUUUGACAAGAAACUUGAAGCCGCUCGUCUUGAUUUCUGCGUGCCUGGUACAGAAGUUCGUGAAACUGACUGCGUUAUAAGCACAGUUGAGGUUGAUAGUGUUCUUGACGAUGUGGAAACCACUGGCAACGUCGAAGAGAAGGGCUGGUUAGGCGAUUUCUCUCGAGGAGUUCUCUAUGGAAAUGAAGGAGGAACAUCGGGAGGCUUUGCGACUUCAAUGGUUAAAAGAUUCGUUAGUGAGCACGGUGGUGAGACUACUGAAGAGAAAGUGGACCGAAACCUAGAUGUCAUCUCUGUACGCCGAGAUGGAAACACAAUUUUACGGGUCGCUAGGAUUUAUGGCUUUCGAAAUAUACAGAACUUUGUUCGAAAGAUGAAAAAUAGCAAGCCAACCUAUGACUACAUUGAAAUCAUGGCAUGUCCCAAUGGCUGCGCUAACGGUGGUGCUCAAAUUCGUGCCGAAACUAUUGAAAAGAGGGAUCAAAUAUUGAGAAACGUCGAGAACGCAUAUUCCACAAUACAGAAUAAUGUUACUGAAGAAAUACGGUAUUCACCUCUUUGUACCGAUAUUUUCUUUCCCUUUUUUUGUGAAUGA